CCGGGCAGCGGAGCCAUGGCCGGACCCCCAGCCCCGCUCCUGCCCUGCGGCUUCCAGCUCCCGGGACACGGUGCCCCUCUGCGGGGCCUCGACGAUGCCACCCCCCCAACUCCCGCCGCUCCCCACGGCACGUCCCGCUGCCCCCCGCGGGGCCGGCGGCCGGGGCCCGGGGCCGAGCCGUGGCGGUGCGGGGAGCGGGGCCCGCGGCAGAGCGCCAGCGAGCGGGAGAAGCUGCGGAUGCGGCGGCUGGCGCAGGCCCUGCUGCGGCUGCGGCACUACCUGCCGCCCGCGCUGGCGCCCGCCGGGCAGAGCCUCACCAAGAUCGAGACCCUGCGCCUGGCCGCCCGCUACAUCGCGCACCUCUCGGCGCUGCUGGGGCUCAGCGAGGAGGCGCUGGCCCGGCGGCGGGGGACGGCGCCCCGGCACUGCCCGCUCUGCCCCCAGGGCCUGGGGUGCUGCCGGAGCCCGGACCCCCGCCCGCUCCCGCCCGCACCGGCCCCGCGCGAUGCUUCGCCCCCCGGCGCUGCGGGCUGGGGGUCACCUCCCGUGGCCGGGCCCCCGCCGGGGCUGCUCGGGGCUGCCGGCGUGGGGCCGGGGGCCUGGGGGUCGUCGCCUCCCUGUGGCGCUGCAGCAGGGCCCCCCCCGGAGGUGCUUGGGGUUCCAGACCUGGGGCCGGGAGCCUGGGGCUCGCCCCCCUACAUCCCUUCGGUGAGGACCCCCCCGGAGCUGCACGGGAGCCCUGGCUCCACCUCAAGGUCCUGGUCGUCCCCGCUGUGCAGCCUCGGAGCAGUGACCUCCCUGCAGCCCCUCCAGAGGCGCACCCCGGCCACGGGCACAGCUCCAGCUUCCUCCUGCUGCUUGGAGCCUGCAGCCCCUCCUCAGCCUCCCACGGCAGGACUGACGGACACAGGUCCCCCUGCGACCCCAGCGCCUGGCUCCCAGUUGCCCGCACACCUCCAGCUCUGCAUCCCAUCAGCUCCGGACAGAAUCCUCGCUGCAGUGCCCCACACGGCCUCAGUCCUGCCUGGCUGCCCCCCAGCACGGCACUGGGGGGGCUGGAGCUGAUCCUGCAUGGCCACAGAGGCUGCACAGGGGACAGGGUUGUGGCCGUGCUGGAUGGACACCGGGGCCGGGCUCCUCAAUAAAGCUGC